AUGGCCAGCACUCAACCUCGUCCGAAACGAGCAGGAGAGGAGUUCACGCGAACCCAUCAUGCACAAGAUGACGACACAAGCCCGGACAGCAAGAAGCCUCGUUUCGACCUCCGUAAUCCUUCCGCGCUUGCGCCUGAUACACUCGACGAAGAUCAAUUUCUAGACGCAGACGAGAUUGGAAAAAGAGGACAAAAAGUGCGCAGAAAGGCAGUCAAUAUCGACGGCUACGAUUCAGACAGUGAGAACGAGGGGUUUUCGGCGCGCAUCGAAAAGAAGUCCGAACAGAAGCGUCGACAGCAUGACGCCGAGGACGAUGAUAUGUUCGCGGAGUUACAGGAUGACUUUGGUGAGGAGGAAAUCGACGCGGAUGAAGCAUUGCGAAAGAACAAAAAGAACGUCCGUUUCUUGCGCGACGACGAGAUCGAAGGCCAAGAUGUGACCUCCAAAGGCGGAAAGGCUAUGCAUGCAGACUUGAGCAAAGGUCCCGAUGAAAUCGACGUUGACGAAGAUGAGCAAAGUGAGAGCGAUGUCGCGGAGGAAGAGCGCGCAAAGAUCGACGAAGAAAUCGACGAGGAGCUAGGUGCAGGCGCCAAAAAGAAAAACGCUCCAUUGCUGGAUGCCUUCAACAUGAGGACGGAGCAAGAGGAGGGUCGUUUUGAUGACCAGGGCAACUACGUUCGUAAAGCCGUCGACCCAGAUGCUGUCUACGAUACUUGGCUAGAUGGUCUGUCUAAGAAGGACAUUCGAAAAGCAAAGGAAGCCGCCGAGAAGCGCGAGGAAGAGAGAAAGGAGCAGGACCGCAUCAACGAAAAUAUUCUCACAGCGGACGCCCUGAAAACAAUAAUCACACAUCUUGAACGCGGUGAAACGAUACUGGAGGCUUUGGCUCGACUCGGAAAGGGCCUGCAGCGAAAGCCCAAGUGGCAGAACAAGAAAAAGAAAAUGAAGAACGUGGCCUCAGAAGAUGCUGAAAUGACGGAAGCAAACCCCGAUGAUGAACUCCGUAGAACAGCAAUCGAUGCUGUCACAGGAGCAGCCGACAUUCUUAUGGGCCGGGGUCAGCCCGAAAUUUAUGACACCGAGCGAGAGCUUUUGACACGGCAAUAUCGCAACGAAACCGGUGACGAUUGGGUAGAGCCACCGGUGACAUCGAAGGAUGGCCCGUCAGAGGCCAACGCGACGAUGUGGGAAUUUCGAUGGGCUGACGCUCGCGACGGUGGAAAUCCCCAUGGUCCGUACGACACUGCUACUAUGGAAUCCUGGAAGGACGCUGGCUAUUUUGGAGAAGGUGUGGAAUUUCGCCGGGUGGGAGACACCCAACAAUGGAGUCAGUCACCAAAUUUUGUUUGA